CUAACUGGGGUGGCAACCUCACCCCUACCCCCUCCCCACCUCAGCAUCUCGAGCCCUGGGAUGCGUUCCCCUCGCCGCGCUCCGUGCCAGGAGUUUCGUUUUCCCAGGACCUUUGCAGUCCUCUGGGCUUUGAGCCGCACUCCCUCCCAGCCCUUUCUCAAGUCGGGUGCAGCCUUCCUCAGGACCUUCCAGCUCGUUGACUACCCUCAUCCGCGCCGCCUCGGGACCUUCUUCCCUCCCGGAGCCCGAGGGUGGAGGGCCAGAGAAGGAUGAGUUGGCCAGUUCUCGGUCUUGGCCCUGUCGUUUAAUGGCUAAGGGAGGAGGGGUUUCAAGGAGCUGGGGGUCCCUUUUAAUAGGGCAGAUGGCGGCUAGGAAGACUCGCUCCUGGACUUCCCGACCCCAGCGCCCCAGUUCCCUGUUCCUCUUACCGUUCCCCUCCCCCUCCACACCCAGAAAUAGCCCGCGACACCAGGCGGCCGCAGUCUUCCCCAGGGACGGGGGAGGGGGCCGCCCGGGGAAGCGGGAGGGUCCCCUUUGAGCGCCCCUCGGCGGGUGAACUUGCGCUGGCCAGGCGAGGAAGUGGAUCCCCGGCCCGGAGCGGUCGGAGUGGCGGGAGCAGCCGGCUUGCUACCAGACUGCGUGUAUUUUUAAUGCAUCUGCUGGGAAAGCGGAGCACUGAGAGAGAUGGGGCCUCUGAGGUCGCUGAGGGUGGUGGCUGGUGGGCCCGUGGCCCCACAAGCAGCUCUUUUAGCGUCCUAUUUGGGAAGAAUUGGUGGUUAUGUGGCCGCUGCGCAGUCCAGGGUCAUCAACGCUGGCAAGAGCCGGCACAAUGAGGACCAGGCUUGCUGUGAAGUGGUGUAUGUGGAAGGUCGGAGGAGUGUUUCCGGGGCACCGAGGGAGCCUAGCCGAGGCCAGCUUUUCCUCCACCAGGGACUCUGCUUCUACUACUGGGGCCUGUUUGAUGGGCAUGCAGGGGGCGGAGCUGCUGAAAUGGCCUCCCGGCUUCUGCAUCGCCACAUUCGGGAGCAGCUAAAGGACCUGGUAGAAAUACUCCAGGACCCCUCGCCACCUCCGCUCUGCCUCCCGUCCACCCCAGGGGCCCCCAUUUCCUCUGAUUCCUCUCACUUGGUUGGUCCUCAGUCCUGCUGGUCUUCGCAGAAGGAAGUGACCCAUGAAAGCCUGGUAGUAGGAGCCAUUGAGAAUGCCUUCCAGCUCAUGGAUGAGCAGAUGGCCCGGGAGCGGCGUGGCCACCAAGUGGAGGGGGGCUGCUGUGCACUGGUUGUGGUCUACUUGCUAGGCAAAGUGUAUGUGGCCAAUGCAGGUGACAGCAGAGCCAUCAUUGUCCGGAAUGGUGAAAUCAUCCCAAUGUCCCGGGAGUUCACCCCGGAGACUGAGCGCCAGCGUCUUCAGCUGCUUGGCUUCCUGAAACCAGAGCUGCUGGGUGGUGAAUUCACCCACCUUGAGUUUCCCCGCAGAGUUCAGCCCAAGGAGCUGGGGCAGAGGAUGCUGUACAGGGACCAGAACAUGACCGGCUGGGCCUACAAAAAGAUCGAGCUGGAGGAUCUCAGGUUUCCUCUGGUCUGUGGGGAGGGCAAAAAGGCUCGAGUGAUGGCCACCAUCGGGGUGACCCGGGGCUUGGGAGACCACAACCUCAAGGUCUGCAGUUCCACCCUGCCCAUCAAGCCCUUCCUCUCCUGCUUCCCUGAGGUGCGAGUGUAUGACCUGACGCAGUAUGAGCAUUGCCCAGACGACGUGCUAGUCCUGGGAACAGAUGGACUGUGGGAUGUCACUAGUGACUGUGAGGUAGCCACCACGGUGGACAAGGUCCUGUCGGCCUAUGAGCCCAAUGACCCCAGCAGGUACACAGCUCUGGCCCAAGCUCUGGUCCUGGGGGCCCGGGGCACCCCCCGGGAUCGUGGCUGGCGUCUCCCCAACAACAAGCUGGGUUCCGGGGAUGACAUCUCAGUCUUCGUCAUCCCCCUGGGAGGGCCAGGCAGUUACUCCUGAGGGGCUCAGCCCUGACCCUCCUAUCACCGUGCCAGCCUCUCCAUGUUUACCCCUCUUCCAGUGCAAAUUCUGAAGUUGUCUCCCUGACCUUCUUUAGCGGCAAAUUAACUGAAGAAGGGGUGUCAGUUAGAUCCAAAAUUAUAGCUAUUGGUAAAUAAAUCAGAUGGAUAAAG